AUGAGUCUUUUCGUGGAGGAUGACGAAAAUGAUAGCUACAAACCGUCGGAGGUAGUAAUCAAAGAGGAAGACGAGGAGAUGUUGCCUGCUGGAGAACAAGAACAAAGAAAUAUGGGGGGUAAUUUCCCACGCGAACGGGAAGAGGCAUCUCAACUUCGGAAUGAUGAGGAACAAGAAGAAAAUGGCAACGACGACGACCCUAUAGUUGGAUCAUUCCCACUCAUUAUGAACCAGGUGCCGCUGAAAGAUAAGCACUCCCUCCACGUUCUUCAGUUCCCUGGCCGCUUAAAGUCUCGAUCGUUAAACAGACAGGAGCAUGUACGAGCCUCGAUCAAACCUGGAUCACACUACCUCGACUUGAAAGUCCCGCUCGACGUGGACAAAUUCUUUAAUAAGGACAAAGUCCAAGACUGGGGGCUUGGUAUAGAAUACCAAUCGCUUUCAGGGGUGCUAGAUCCAACCGAGUCUGGCAUCUACGCUGCGAAAAUUGUCAAUGAUGGCACGGAAAAGAAGAUUGUCCUCAUCCCCGUUGACUCGUCUGCCCAGCUUCGAACGAGCUUCAAGUAUAUCGAUGAUAUCGACAAGAGGGAGCUACAAUCGAGGAAAUUGCAACAGCAGCAACAGCAACAGCAACAGCACCAGCAGCAACAAGAGGAUGGCGGUGACCAAUCCGGUGUGCAGAUUCUUCAAACGGCAGCGAAACGUUCCCAGAACCAAGAUUCCCAUAGUCAUAUCCUUGGAGACUCGCUCAAGUCGGUGAAAAAGUUUGAAGAAGAGGAAUGGCAGCAUUUGGCUUGGAAACAGAGCCGAGAUCCCGCUGUUGAGGACUUGAAAGAGCUGUUGAAAAACGGGGCAGACUACUUGAAGCUAGAGACUGCUACAACUCGAGAUGCCUUUAUAGAUCAAACCUAUCUACAGUGA